AUGAACAUGAAGACCAAGGCAAAUACAUCUGAGGCUAGGGCGUACAUGUCCAACAACAAGCAUGUUGAAGAAAGAGUGUACAAGGGCAAGAGGCCAGAUUUGAAGUGCCAUCAUUGCAAUAAUACUGGGCAUGUAAUAGAACGAUGCUGGAUUCUACACCCAGAAUUGAAGCCUAAGUUUGCAGCAGACACCAAGGGUGCUCAAAAACGUUCACAAAAUUCAGGCUACAAGACGAAUCAUGCAACUUCUUCUACUGAUGGGCCUUCAAACUUCACCUCGAAUCAUGUUUCACUCAUCAACGAGUUUGCUGCCUAUCUUCAGAAAAAGAAUGGGGGUGAUGAAAGUAAAGGAGUGACUAAUUCUAGGAACGAGAACUCAAUUGCCUUACUUGGAAAGUUUGCUGGAUUUCUUGCUAAAUCUGACAAGUUCUCACAUGAAGAUAUACCAGGUAUGUUGAAUACUUUCUCAACUGCCUUAAAUGAUCCAGUCACCAAGAAGACGAUUAGUCAAGGGUUCUAUUUAAAUGGACUCUAUUACCUCUCAAAGGAUUUUCAAACUUGCAAGGGAUUUCAUGUAGAGUCUAACCUAGCUCAAGAUCAACAUUUGUGGCAUCAACGUCUUGCUCACCCCUCAGAAACUGUUUUGUCAAACUUGUUUCCCAGCUUGUGUAAAAAUUCGAUCAAAUGUGAUACUUGUCAUUUGUCGAAGUUUGCUAGGUUACCUUUUAAUUCUUCCAUGUCUAGAGCUAGCAAGCUUUUUGAAAUUGUACACUCCGAUGUUUGGGGUCCAACUUUUGAAUCGUUCGAUGGUUAUAAAUAUUUUGUGACUUUUGUUGAUGAUUUCUCUAGAGUCACUUGGUUGUAUCUUUUGAAAUUUAAAAGUGAAGUUGUAGAUGUGUUCAAAGACUUUCAUAAUCUUGUAAAGAACCAAUUUUCAACUCAAAUCCAAACUCUAAGAUCAGAUAAUGGCACUGAAUACAUGUCUCAUAUCAUGACACAAUACUUGAGCACACAUGGGAUCAUUCACCAAACAAGUUGUGUUGGUGCACCCCAACAAAACGAGGUAGCCGAAAGAAAAAAUCGAGAUUUACUUGAGAAAACAAGAGCCUUAAUGUUUCAAAUGAAUGUUCCCAAGAAAUUUUGGUCUCAAGGAGUUCUCACCGCUGCAUAUCUCAUCAAUCGAUUACCUAGUAAAGUGUUGGAUUUCAAAUCUCCUUAUGAAGUUAUGAAAGGGAAGAAAAUUAAUUUAUCCCAUUUGAAGGUGUUUGGAUGUACUUGCUUUGUUCACAUUCAAUCUUCUCAUCGUGAUAAACUUGAUCCAAGGGUUGUCAAAUGCAUAUUCAUGGGAUAUUCUUCAUCUCAAAAAGGGUAUAAGUGUUACAACCAUAAUUCUAAGAAGCUCAUUGUGACAAGAGAUGUCAAGUUUGAUGAAACCACCUCAUUUUACAGCAAGUCUCCUGAAAUUUCUAGCCAGGGGGAGCAAUUUCUUGAUCUCUUUCCAUUGCCAAAUCCUGCUGCAAACAAUGACAGUUUCUCUCUAAUGUCCACCAACAUUGAUAUGCCAUUAACUAAAACUGAAAGUGUAGUUCCUAGUGCUGCAGAUGAAGAUUUAGAGGUCACUCAUCACCAACAUGGGGACCAAAGCACUAUUGAAGCCGCUGCACCAACACCUCUUCAACACUAUCCUACUCGUGAUCGCCAUCCACCUACAAGGCUACAAGAUUAUGUCACCUAUACAGCAAGGCAUCCAAUAACCAACUUCAUUGCUUAUCACAAAGUGUCACCAUCUCAUGCUGCGUUUCUUAGUGCUAUCUCCAGUAACCAUGAGCCCCAAAGUUUUCAGGAGGCUAAUCUUCAAGAAGUAUGGAGAACAUCCAUGAAAGAAGAACUUCAAGCACUUGAUGAUAACCACACCUGGAGUAUUGUUAAACUCCCCAAAGGAAAAAAAAUUGUGGGAAGCAGGUGGAUUUAUAAGAUCAAAUUUAAUUUGGAUGGGUCUAUUGAAAGAUACAAAGCGAGAUUGGUGGCUCGCGGUUUCACUCAAACCUUUGGCGUAGAUUACAAAGAAACGUUUGCCCCUGUUGCAAAGAUGACUACAGUUCGGGAAGUCUACAUGAAACUCCCUCCUGGCCAUCCUCAAGGUUGUGAUUCAAAUUUGGUUUGUAAACUUCACAAAUCUAUUUAUGGAUUCAAACAAUCUCCCCGUUCCUGGUAUGCCAAGCUAAGUUCAGUUCUUGAAGCAGUUGGCUUCCAGCGAAGCAACGCAGAUUCCUCCUUGUUUAUUUGCACUAGAUUAGUUGGAAAAUUAGUUGUCCUUAUAUAUGUUGAUGAUCUCAUCAUCACGGAUGAUAAUGGUGAAGAGAUUACCAAUCUUAAACAAUCUCUUCGUCAGAAGUUUGCAAUUAAAGACUUAGGAGUAUUAAAAUACUUCCUUGGGAUCGAAAUGGCAACUUCACACAAAGGACUGUUCUUAAACCAACACAAAUAUGUGCUUGAUUUACUUCAAGAAGCAGACAUGAUCAACUCCAAACCUGCUUGUACCUCACUUGACAGCAAACUGAAAAUAGACAUGGAAGGCGAGCCUCUCAACAACAUCAGCCACUAUCAAAGGUUAGUUGGAAAGCUCAUCUAUCUAACUAUCACAAGACCUGACAUUACUUAUGCAGUCAGUCUUGUGAGUCAAUUCAUGCAUUCUUCCACUAUGGCUCAUCUUAAUGUUGUCAAAAGAAUCCUUCGCUAUCUCAAGGGGUCUGUUGGUCGAGGUAUUCUCAUGAAAAAAAAUGAUACCACUCAAAUCAUGGGGUACACUGACGCGAAUUGGGCCGGAAAUGCUAUCGAUCGAAAAUCAACCACUGGCUAUUGUACAUUUGUUGGAGGAAACUUAGUCUCAUGGAAGAGUAAAAAGCAAAACGUAAUUGCUCGUUCAAGUGCCGAAGCUGAGUAUAGGGCAAUGGCCUCAACUGCUUGUGAACUCAUUUGGUUAAAGGGUCUUCUCUCUGAUUUGGGGUUUCACAGCAGCCAAUCUAUGUCUCUCUUCUGUGACAAUCAAGCAGCCAUGCACAUCACUUCCAAUCCUGUGUUUCACGAAAGAACAAAGCACAUUGAAGUCGAUUGUCAUUAUAUUCGUGCUCAAGUUCAAUCCAAGGUGAUAGAAACUGUUUACACUCGUAGUCAUGACCAGCUCGCAGAUAUCUUCACCAAACCUCUCUCUUCUAGUCAAUUUCAACGGUUACUAGUCAAGCUUGGAUCAAUUAAUUUACUUGUUCCAGCUUGA